AUGGCACAAAAAGAUAGAAUAAGUGAACUCUCGAAAGAUGUACUUGACAAGAUUUUAAGCUUCUUGCCGAUCCAUGAAGCUGCUAGAAUGGCCGUUUUGUCUACCUUUUGGAGAGAUAUUUGGUUCAGUCUUGCACAACUUCACUUUGAUAGGAGGUUUUUACUUCACAUAUGGAAAAAAUAUUCCCAUGCUCACAGUGAUAUCAGGACCCAAAACGUACAAGAUAUGAAGAAAAACAUUAAUAUGGACUUAUUUGCUGCUUUGUAUGUUGUCAACAAAGUUCUCAUCCAGCACAAUGGACUUAUUCGCAAAUUUGUCUUUGAUUUUGCCUUUUCGAAUAGGGGGGAAACAUUUAGGUCUCGGUCGUUUGAUUUCGAUCAAUGGCUCCUUUUUGUCACACGAAAAUGUGUUGAAGAAAUACACCUUAGUCUAAUGCCAAAAGAUCAAUACAGUCUGCCGAAUUGCAUAUUUUCUUGCCCAACACUAAGGGUAUUGUAUGUUUGUGGAGUCUCUAUUGGACCAAUAAAUGACCCUUGCAUAUUACCAAAUAUCACUUCACUAUGUUUUAAAAAUGUUGACUUUAAUCCUAGAGAUUAUUCAGUUGAUUUUCCAGUUGAUGUUCCUAUGCUCGAGAAUCUGUCAUUUGAGAGUUGUAGUAACCUUCCUGAUUUUAACAUUACUGCUCAAAAACUUCAUAGUUUAAGAAUAGACUCUUGCCCAAAAUACCAACUCCCUUUUCACUUGGACUUGGGAUCUAUUCGUACUCUUGAUUUGGAUUAUUCUUCUAUGGAGGGUUUUGUUAAUGAAUUUACUGGAAGGGGCUUACAACAACCACUUGCACUAGAUGUGGAAUAUCUGAUGUUAUCAACUAAAUACCAUCGUCAUUAUUUGAAAGAUGUUUAUUCUGCAUUCAUUCAGUUGCUUCAAAUAUGCCCAAAAUUAUGCAAGCUUGAUAUAGAUUUAUCGUUGUCCCAUGUUAUGCCAAAGCUUUCGGACGAAUUACAAACUAUGACUCAAACACAUACAAUGCUUCACACACUGAAGUUGGACAAAUAUAUAGGAAGCGUGGAUGAAAUGAUUUUCAUUGACAGACUACUUGCUUGCUUUCCUGCACUCGAGAAGGUUUUCAUUCUUCGUGAUGAGGAUUCAGGGGACGAAAAAUUAUUUGAAAAUAAGGAUCUGUGA